AUGAAUGACGAGGCAGAAAAGCAACGAGGUCAUGUCGUCGACAGCUCAAAAGGAAAAACAGGUUCUGCAUCAGUGUCGCAAUCAGAAGACGCUUUCCCUGAAGGAGGACUCCAGGCCUGGCUUGUCGUUUUCGGUGCCUGGGCUGGCUUAUUUGCGGGACUGGGCAUCACGAACACUAUCGCUGUUUUCCAAAGCUAUCUGUCGACACAUCAACUUGCAGGGUACAGUGAAAGUAGCAUCGGUUGGAUCUUCUCACUCUACACGUUCUUGGCGUUCUUCUGCGGUGUUUACAUCGGACCAAUAUUUGACAAAUAUGGACCCAGAUGGUUGAUCAUCACCGGCGUGGCCUGCGUUACGACCGCGCUCAUGCUGCUGAGUGUUUGUACCAAGUACUGGCACUUUCUUCUGACCUUCGGCAUACUCAACGGCUUGGGAUGCUCUUUACUCUUCACCCCUUGCCUUGCUUCCGUCGGCCACUUUUUCCGGCAACGUCGCGGUUUUGCUACAGGACUAGCCAGCGCUGGUGGGUCCAUUGGCGGCGUUGUGUUCCCUCUCAUGCUCAACAGUCUUUUCCAGAAGCCUUCGCUGGGCUGGGCUUGGGGCAUACGCAUACUAGGCUUCCUAUGUCUUGGCCUACUGAGUCUGGCCGUAGUCUUCGUCCGCUCGAGGCUGCCCCCAAAGGCGAAUGCCAGCAUUCAUCCAGACCCCCAGAUCUUCAGACAGAAGCCGUUUCUGUAUACCACUGUCGCCGUCUUCCUCAUGGAGUUCUCACUAUUCAUCCCGAUUGCUUAUAUCAGCUCAUAUGCUCGGGCCCAAGGCUUUGGCGAAAGCUUCAGCUUCUACAUCUUGACGAUCAUGAAUGCCGGAUCUUUCUUCGGCCGUGCACUGCCUGGAUGGUAUGCUGAUCGUAUCGGCGCUUUCAACACGAAUAUUAUUGCAGUCGCUACCUCCAUCUUUGCCUGUUUCGUCGUCUGGCUCCCAUUCGGUCACACGAAAGCUGGCGUCAUCGUAUUUGCCGUCUUGAUCGGCUUUGCGGGCGGCACGAACAUUAGCAUAACACCUGUUUGUAUCAGCAGGCUUUGCCCCACGGAGAGUUAUGGCCGCUAUUACGCCACUUGUUUCACGGUUGUCAGUAUAGCCUGCUUGAUAGGUAUUCCCAUCGGAGGAGCAAUUAUCAGCUCGUGCGGCGGAGAUUAUUGGGGUCUCAUCGUCUUUACCGGUGUCGUCUAUGUCAUGAGUUUUAUCAUGUUUCUGGUAGCGAAAGGCGUAAGUGUUGACUGGAAGAUUUUAGCAAUCUACUAG